UUCACUUCGACUUCAGUGUGAACAUUUAAAGCUGCGUGCUCAACAACUUCUCAUAAUUUACAGCAAAGCAGGAGUUGGACUUAUUUGACUUUGUACCAGCGAACGUAAAGAUGCAUCAAGAGCAAAAACCAGCCGAACUAACUAACAUUUAGAGAACUGCUGAGUCGAGGAAACAGCCGAAUGAUGAGUGCUGCUCAGAGUCAAAAAACAAACUUCAAACUGGAGGCCCUGCAGUGCCACUUCACCUGGGAUCUGGACACCAGCAAAUCCAAACUUUUACGUCUCAGUGACAAACUGAAGGACAUCGGCACCGAGGAUGGACACACCUGGCUGGGUCACAUUUACAACCUGCGGGGGUUCAUUGAAUACAAGCUGGGGUUCACUGAAGAAGCCCAGAGUUUCUUCAACAAGGCUACAGAGGCCUUCUGCCAGAUGAGAAAUGCAGAUGAGGGUCCCUGGUUAGUGGUGAACUACGGGAACCUGGCUUGGCUGCACCACCACCUGGGAGACCCAGCAGAGAGUGAGGCUUACCUGAAAAGGGUCGAUGCCCUGAUGAAAAAAUACCCAUCUCCAUCCCAGGAUGAGCUCCAUCCAGGGAUCUACGCUGAAAAAGCCUGGACUCUGAUGAAGUUCGGUGCAGACAAAAAGCUGCUGUCUGCAGAUUACUUCCAGAGAGCCAUCAGGAUCAUGGUGGAGUGGAACACUAGCUAUGUCUUAGGGUUAGUGAAUGCUUCAAAGUACAGCAGCACAGCAGUGGGGGCUGACAUCUUGGAGAAAAUGAGAAUCGCCAAAGAACAGGAUCCAGAGAACUUGUACCUCGCUGUUAAAUACCUCGAGCAAUGUGCUAAGAAAGGAGAAAGUAUUGAAGAUGAAGCACGUGAGCUAGCCAGGGAGGUUUUGAGAAAUCCUGUCAGCAGCUACAGUGGUAUGAAAGCUGUACUAAGAGUUUACAAAAACUAUGUAUCUGUUGAUGAGGCCAUUGAUUUGUCAGAGGAGGCUCUGAAGAACCAUCCAGAUGAGCGUUAUCUGAAGGGAUGUGCUGCACUCUGCUACAAAUGGAAGAUAGUUUUUUUCAGGGACAGUCUCCCAAAACGAAGCCUGAUGGACAGAGCAAUCAGUCUCCAUAAAGAGGUGAUUUUACUUUACCCUCAUUCUUCCUUUCUGAAGGAAAUAGACCUUGCAAAUAUAUACGCAAAGUCAACUAACAGCCAGACUAAAGCUGAGCAGAUAUACCAGGAACUGCUAGAAAGGGAUCUUAAACCUGCAAGCAAACAGAUGCUUUACAACUACUACGCAAAAUAUUUAAACUUCGAUCGAAAAGAGUUCCAAAGGUCACUAAGAUAUCACAUGAAGGCAGCAGAGAUACCGCAACAAUCCUUCUUUCGGGAGAACAGCAUCAAUGUUCUGGAGAAGAUUAGAGACAAAGGCAGGCACAGAAUGUGUAGAGAAAUAGAGAAGUUUCUGGAAAACCUGCAAGAGCCACAGUGUGCUGCUCAGAGUCAAAAAACAAACUUCAAACUGGAGGCCCUGCAGUGCCACUUCACCUGGGAUCUGGACACCAGCAAAUCCAAACUUUACUGUCUCAGUGACAAACUGAAGGACAUCGGCACCGAGGAUGGACACACCUGGCUGGGUCACAUUUACAACCUGCGGGGGUUCAUUGAAUACAAGCUGGGGUUCACUGAAGAAGCCCAGAGUUUCUUCAACAAGGCUACAGAGGCCUUCUGCCAGAUGAGAAAUGCAGAUGAGGGUCCCUGGUUAGUGGUGAACUACGGGAACCUGGCUUGGCUGCACCACCACCUGGGAGACCCAGCAGAGAGUGAGGCUUACCUGAAAAGGGUCGAUGCCCUGAUGAAAAAAUACCCAUCUCCAUCCCAGGAUGAGCUCCACCCAGGGAUCUACGCUGAAAAAGCCUGGACUCUGAUGAAGUUCGGUGCAGACAAAAAGCUGCUGUCUGCAGAUUACUUCCAGAGAGCCAUCAGGAUGCAGCCGGACAUGGUGGAGUGGAACACUAGCUAUGUCUUAGGGUUAGUGAAUGCUUCAAAGUACAGCAGCACAGCGGUGGGGGCUGACAUCUUGGAGAAAAUGAGAAUCGCCAAAGAACAGGAUCCAGAGAACUUGUACCUCGCUGUUAAAUACCUCGAGCAAUGUGCUAAGAAAGGAGAAAGAAUUGAAGAUGAAGCACGUGAGCUAGCCAGGGAGGUUUUGAGAAAUCCUGUCAGCAGCUACAGUGGUAUGAAAGCUGUACUAAGAGUUUACAAAAACUAUGUAUCUGUUGAUGAGGCCAUUGAUUUGGCAGAGGAGGCUCUGAAGAACCAUCCAGAUGAGCGUUAUCUGAAGGGAUGUGCUGCACUCUGCUACAAAUGGAAGAUAAUUUUUUUCAGGGACAGUCUCCCAAAACAAAGCCUGAUGGACAGAGCAAUCAGUCUCCAUAAAGAGGUGAUUUUACUUUACCCUCAUUCUUCCUUUCUGAAGGAAAUAGACCUUGCAAAUAUAUACGCAAAGUCAACUAACAGCCAGACUAAAGCUGAGCAGAUAUACCAGGAACUGCUAGAAAGGGAUCUUAAACCUGCAAGCAAACAGAUGCUUUACAACUACUACGCAAAAUAUUUAAACUUCGAUCGAAAAGAGUUCCAAAGGUCACUAAGAUAUCACAUGAAGGCGGCAGAGAUACCGCAACAAUCCUUCUUUCGGGAUAACAGCAUCAAUGUUCUGGAGAAGAUUAGAGACAGACGCAGGGACAGAAUGUGUAGAGAAAUAGAGAAGUUUCUGGAAAACCUGCAAGAGCCACAGUGUUUUUAACAGCACUGGUUCUAAAUCGAAAAAAGAAAUAUAGGUAUUGCAUAACCUAAAGGAAUCUAUAAAUACUUAUUAAUCGAGCUGUGUCCAUUAAAGGCAGGUUUCAACAAGUGUCUGCACUCCCGUAGUUAAUGGAAGACAAAAAUAAAAAAUAAUAUCAGCACUCGAUUUGUAUGAAACACGCCGAAUCCUUCACUAACACGGGUUAUUAACAUGUUCAAAUGUCGUGACAAUAAUUCAGUAUCACAUUAUUUGUUCAAAUAGAUUUUGAAUGGAUGUUGUUUUCCUAAAGUAUCUAUCUAUCUGUAACCAUGAUGUUUUCCGUUGCACUGUACUUUAAGAACAUAGUAGACUCUAUAGCCUUUGAAAUUUGCUUUUCUGAAAGCUUUGAGUUGUGAAAUAUAAAACUCUGUUAUGUAAUGUAAUACUUAAUUUGCUGUAUAACCUAAAUAUUAUCGCCGGAUACAACUGAUUGUAUGUAUAGCAAAUCUGUCAAGUUUGCUUCAAUUGUACAAAUUAAUAAACAUGCAUUAAAUACACUAUGAAAA